AUGGCCCCUCAGUGCUUAGUUGUCGAUUUGGGUGGUGGUUCAAUCAAAUUCGGUCUUUCUUCUGUUAAAGUCCCUAGGUGUGUUGAUAACUGCAUUUACAAGUCGAAAAAUGUUACAGGACGGAAUUUCAUUGGUAGUGAAAUCGAAGAGUGCAAGAAUCUUUCAAGCUUAUUCGGAAUAUAUCCCUUCAAAAAGGGUUAUAUUAACAAUUGGGAUACCCAGAAACAGAUCCUUGAUAGUGUGCUGUGCCGUUACAUCAAUUCUAGAUCACUUGAUAUGGCAUCUUUAAACCUCUUUAUCACAGAACCUUAUUUCAACUUUACCUCUACGAAAGAGACUAUGAACGAGUUGUUUUUCGAGGAAUAUCGUGUCGCCGGCCUUCUUCGAACUAAUCCUGCUUUUUUUGCCGCAUACAAAUAUCGAGCUGAGUCAUCUCAACGCCUCUCUCGGUAUUCCCUAAUCAUUGACAGCGGUUACUCUUUCACUCACAUACUGCCCAUGGCCGACGGGAAUAUUAUGAGGGAAUUCGCUUUGAGGUAUAACAAAACAUUUGAGUUUAUCUUCACUAGGCUCUCCGUUGGUGGUAAAAUCUUGACAAAUCGGUUGAUAGAAGUCACGUCGUACCGUCAACUUGACGUAAGAAGUGAGGUUUACAUCAUGAAUCAGUGCAAAGAAGAUGGAUGCUUCGUGUCCACCGAUUUUUGGGCUGACCUCACUUGUGCCAAGUCCCGUGAUCUCUCAGUCAACACGAUAGCUAGGGAGUAUGUACUCCCAGACUACAUUGACGUGCACCGAGGCUACCUACGUGAUCCCUCGGAGAAGCCAAAAGAUGCUGUUGAUCGGACCAAAUUGCAGGGCUAUAUCCUGCGUCUCAGCAACGAACGUUUUACAGUGCCUGAGCUCCUUUUCCACCCUUCUGACGUCGGCUACACCGAGAUGGGCAUCUCGGAGGCUGCGCAAUAUCUUCUCACUGAACGCCUCCCUCCUGGUGUUCGACCCGGCGCUAUGGCCAAUGUCCUCCUCAUUGGAGGCAACUCAAAGUUCUCUGGAUAUAAGGAAAGAGUGUUAAAUGAUCUUCGCAGCUGUGUUCCGCACGACUUGCCCGUGAAUGUCUGCGCUCCACCUGAGCUUUUGGGUAGGCUACUCCAGCGUAGACACGAAACAUAUUGUGCUCGUUGCGAGCUUUCAAAAUGCAGAUGCAUGCAAGCGGUCUUCAAAGCAGCCCGCGUCAUGGGGGUGCAGGAGGAGGAGGAGGUGGAAGCAGAGGAGGCAAAAGGCGGUAGAGGCGGCGUUCUGCGGAUUUGGACAAGCUUGCCCGCAGGCAAGUCAGCAGCAGCAACUCAGAGUGCCUACUACCCUCAACUGUAUGCUUGGCAAGGAGGCGCUCUGUUAGCUUCGAAUCGUGACGAUUUUGAUCAAUACCUAGUCACUCGUAGGGAGUAUGAGGAGAACGGUCAUGCCUACUGCGAGUCCCGUUUCCCUGUAACAUAG